AUGGCCAACAAAAAGCGGGUUAGGUUACCCACUAGAAAAGUUAUUUUACAAAUACAAGCUGUAUGGGAAGAGUUGCUACACAAUCUUUUAGAAGGUGGUCAAUGUCGUGACCUUAUUCAUAUGAGUGAAAACACUUUUAGGAGAUUGUGUGAAAUCUUACAAACUGUAGGUGGUCUACGACGUACGCAACGCAUGUCCGUUGAGGAACAUGUUGCUAGUUUUUUGCAUAUUCAACCUACAGGUGAUGUUGUCCCGAGAGAAAUUCAAGAAAGUAGGAGAUUUUAUCCUUUUUUUAAGGAUUGUAUAGGGGCAAUAGAUGGAACACAUGUUCGUGUCCAUGUGCCUAAUAGAGAUGCCCCUAGAUACCGUGGUCGUAAGGGAUACCCGACAAUAAAUGUAUUAGUUGCUUGUACAUUUGAUUUGAAGUUUACAUAUGUGUUAACGGGUUGGGAGGGUACUGCAUCAGACUCGAGAAUAAUAAAGAACGCAUUUACUAGAAAUGAUAAACUACUAAUUCCAUCAGGUAAAUACUGUUUAGUAGAUGGGGGUUUGCCUCAUACGAAUAAACUAAUGGCGCCAUAUAGAGGUGUUAGAUAUCAUUUAAAAGAGUACUCCAUGCGUGGUCCACAAAAUUCUAAAGAGUUGUUUAAUCUUCGUCAUGCUUCCUUACGUAACACCAUUGAGCGAGCUUUUGGUGUCCUUAAAAGAAGGUUUCCUAUCAUUCGAAAUGAAGACCGCGGCAUAAAUCUUGAAGAUGAGGUGAUGCAAGAGAUCUUAAACGGACCACAAGAGCAAGAUCGUUGUAAUUCAACAGAAACAGAUGAGGGUAAUAGAAUUGCAGAGAAACUAAGGAAUUCAAUUGCAAAUGAAAUGUGGGCAAAUUAUUUGACACAUUCAAACAAUUAA